GUUCUCAUUUCUAGGUUGGGAAGUUGGUUGUGGAUAUACCCAGUUAAUGACAGUUUUACGAUUGUUGACAACAAAUUGACACCAUUUGUAAUCGUUUGUUGUUGUGGUCACCUUGUAGACAGGUUAUCGACACAUUUGGGGCACGUGGCAUUGCAUCGAAGGACAAAUCACUUGAUUGAAGAUGGCUGCUAGUGCUGGUGCCAGUAGCUGGUCGGGCAGCAGCGGAGGCAGCACAUCUUCGCAAGGACGCCAACUGGCAACGGCACAGCCCGCCCAGGAGGAACGCUUGGUGGUGGCGGUGCGUGUGCGUCCUAGUCUGGAUUCCACAGAGCGCUGCAUUGAAGUCAUCUCUGGCGGCUCCCUGCUGUAUGAUGAUGGCGGCAAGAGUCGGCCAAGGAAAUACUCCUACGAUCAUGUCUUCAAGGAGAACGACACACAGGAACAGGUGUACAAAACCACCACGUCGCCACUGGUCAGAGAUGUCCUUAACGGUUACAAUGCUGCUGUAUUUGCAUAUGGAGCAACGGGUUCCGGUAAAACGCAUACAAUGCUUGGACCUGUGCCACGAAAGAAACCCUCGACAGCCGGCGGCAGUGAACCGGACGUCAGUAGUCAGGACAUUGGCUUAAUGGUGCGGGCAAUCGAAGACAUCUUUGGUUACAUUGAGGCAGCUACACCGGAGAGCGCCUCGAAAAUAUCCAUAUCGUAUUUGGAAAUUUAUAACGAACUCAUCAGGGAUCUGCUUAAUCCGGGUGGACCGUUGGAACUGCGAGAGGAUAAUCGUGGCCAGCGCAUCACCGUUGCCGGACUCUCGGAGAUAACGACAUCCAGUCGCAAGGAGGUCGUCGGCCUGCUCAUUAAGGGCAACAAGGCGCGCACAAUGGAGCCCACGGCAGCCAAUCAGACAUCCUCGCGGAGCCAUGCUCUGCUUAGCAUCACGGUGCAGACACGAACGCCGAUGGGCACCAAACAGGGUCGUCUUUUUCUCACCGAUCUGGCUGGUUCGGAGCGUGCCAAGAAGACGAAGAAUCGGGGCAAGCGUUUGCAGGAAGGCGCCCACAUCAAUCGCAGUCUGUUGGCGCUGGGCAACUGCAUCAAUGCUUUGUCGGGUGGUGCCCGAUAUGUGAACUAUCGCGACUCCAAGCUGACCCGUCUGCUCAAGGAGGCGCUCAGUGGACGCUGCAAGACGGUCAUGAUUGCCCACGUCGCGCCCGAGAGCAAGCAUAGGGAUGAGACCAAGAAUACGCUCGUAUAUGCGGAUCGAGCCAAUAGCAUCACAACAAAACUCCAGAGCUCUGUGUACAUCGAUGAGUUCAAGAACUUUCCCACCAAACACUACCAGAGUCUGGUCUCGGAGCUGCGCGACGAGGUCACCCGCUUGCGCACCAAGAUGUUAACGGAACGUCCACGCAGUGGAGCUGCUGCAGCCGCAGCGGCUGCUUCUACGGCUCAGGCAGCGACAGGCCAACAGCCACCAUCCAGCGGGGAGCCAAAUGAGCAGAGGAAAUCAGAGCUUCGUUAUUUGCGUGAGCAAAUUGUGCUCACCUUCAAGCAGCAGAUGAAGCUGCGAAGGAAACUCCUCGAGGCGGAGAGUCAUCUGUUGGGCCUCGAACUGGAUGCCGAGCGACAGCACAUGAUCAUAUCUCACUGGCAGGGACGCAUUGGCAAGCUGUACGACAUUCCUGGCGAUGAUGCAGACAUCGAAUCGGAGGGCUCUGUGGCCUUGAAGAAUGCUUGGGGCGAACUGGCGGCCAUUGAGAAGGAGACGCGACGCUAUAAAGAAGUGCGGGAGCACACAGAGCACGAGUUGGAGCAGUGUCGGCAGAAGGGUGUCAAGUUAGAGGAUGAGCUUCCCGAACGCAUUACCAGCGAUGAGGAGCGCGAAUUGCUCGCCCUGCUCUGCCGCGUGCACGAACUGGAGGCGGACAAGGUGUCAUUGCAGGCGGAACGGUUGGCACGUCAGGCGGAGCUACGGCGUCGCGACCUCCAGCUGUUGCGGGCCGAGCGGCAGCGACGCCUGUGCGAGGACAUCAUUAGCUCCCAGCGGCGACUCAUCGAGGAGGGCAACGUUGACCUGCCAGAUGAGUUGCGAGAACUCUACGGUCUCUAUCAGCAGGAGAUUCAUGCCGGCGUUGUCACACCAAGCACGGGCAACUAUGAGAAGAAGCUGCCGCCCAUCUACACAGCUGGUUCCGACUCACCCGGUUCGAGCUCCAGCUCGGAAUGGUCACCCGUCUCACCAUUGCCGGCAAUAGAGAUUGCCGUGUCGGACGGACCAGAUCGCUUGAUGGGUCCGCCUGUGAAUCCGCGUCUGCCCCGACUGUCGACCGGUGUGAGUGCGGUCAGCAUGCGUCGUCCCUCGAUGCGUCUGGGCAAACAGACGCAUUCUUAGAGUUGGCAGCGCCAACUCUGCUCGAGUUGCUCAGGUAUAGUUGUAAAGGUUUAGGUUAGGAUUAAACGGGCUGCACAAUUUAACGAAAUGCUCAAUAUGCCUAAUGCAUUAAUUAUGUUUAUAAUUAUGUCUUAACUUCGAGUACAUAUCUUAAAUAAAUAACUAUUCGAAUG